AUGUACGAGGAUUCAGUUAUGUUUUCUACUCUGAAGACCGAAUGUUUGAUAUUAGAUUCAGUUUUGGAGUCUUGUUACAGGUUCUUUAUUGUCGAUGCUUCAUCGCUAGUUCUUUCUUAUCUUUCAACUUUAUUCACCGUUAUGUUUCCGAUUGCAAAGCCUUACUUUCUUCCAAUGUUGGAGAGUCAUCAUUUUAUUUCUUUACUGUUUCCUUCCAUUCGCCAUUUGGUCCACUCUGAUGUUCCAAUUCAUGGGUCCGGUUCCCGAAAGAACAGAACAUUUGAACAUUACUACAAUGCUCGUAGAGCGAAUAGACUUGUCUGGAAAACCGUACAUCGGAAUUGUGACUCGCCACGUGGAAAGAUCAGGUCACUACCAUUAUGGGGAGAUGUAAUGGAGAACGAUGGGAUCUCUUUUAGGGAUGUUUGGGUUUCAGGUAUUAAAAAAUAUUUUGCUUCAAGUAAGUUCUGCCCAGGGUUUCUUCUACAAUGUCUCACUGAUUUGUGGGGUUCUAACUUACCACGAAGUAUGGAGUUGUUCGAAAUGGCUCAGAUUUCUCCGAAGCUCGAUGAAAUGCAGUUUCAACUCUUGAGUGCAAUUCUGAUUCAGGCGCUAGUCCCAUUGAUCCUCAUUUACAUCCCACAACCUAUCAUGAUCAUCGGCGGAAUGUGUGGCGUUUAUUUGGGACAAAUCGGCUAUCUCGUUGUUAUGAGCAAUGUAUCCUCCAUUCGAUUCCCUCGUUUUCUUGUUAUCCAUUCGCUCCUAUCGCUCUGCUUUGUGAUGUGA